AGAAUCUACUCUAAUUCCUUCCUCUUCCUUCUAUGUUCUUUUGCUAUACAGCUGAUACGCUCCCACUCACACGUAUUCCAUUUACAGAUUUGUGCGCUUUGGCAUAACGGUUUUCGUGUACUGUUUUUGCUACGACGCGGAGCUGACGUUCAUCGGACCGACGCGCCGUACAUGUCUUAAGCAGUCCUGCACCCCUUGUUGUUUCAUUAACUCUGGAAACCUCUCUUUUUCGUUUUUUUCCUCUUGGCAUCAGCGUUUCAUUUGCGCUCUCUGCACUUUAUUUUGUGGUAAGACUUGGAGUAGAACACAUUUUAGUUCUCUAUUUUUGGUUUUCAAUCAACCGUUCUUCUUUAUCUUUCUUUAAACUGCAUGUACCUAGCUUUCCCUUUUAUUUUUUUCUGAGUCUCACUGCGUCAUUCCCCUCGACUCUUCUCGUAUAUUUUCACCUCUCGAGACUUCAACGUCGUUGAGCGCAAGCUGCAUUUUACCUUGCGACGGAGGCAAGACAACAUUGCACACACCCACACUCGCGUGCACACACACAGCGACAAGGUAUAGAACGAAGCGCUUGAGGCUUCUCUCUCUGCUUUCACGGGGAAACUUUUUGCGUCGCAUUGUUCCCCCUUUCUACUUACAUCGCGUAGCAAACUCUGCUGUGAGCAUCACCUUCCUGUAGUCCGCGUGAUGUCCAAGGUACUUUUGAGCGUCGUUCGCAUGCUGUGCUGGUUUUGGGGUCUCUUCCCACUCUGCUACUACGUCGCCCUCACCGUCGUCUGCGGCCUCCAUCAACGGUGGAUCUCCUUCGGCUUCGCGCUCGCCACCGCCGCUCUCCUUGCCGUGUGGCUCAUCUUAAACGGUGCGGCGAUCAUCUCUGCCUGGACGCUGAACCACCGCCGCCACACCGCAGCGCACCCGCGAACCACAACCCAACUCCCCCAUGACGACGUCGCGGGCACCCGUCGCCCGCACGGAGCGGCGCUGCACACGCCGAGUCCACCAGCAGUGCGGCAGUGCACCGCCACCACCAAAGCCGCUGCCAGACCCACCAAUGAUGAAGUCGACCGCUUGACCGGCUUCAAUGAAUCGCGGGCAUUCGAUGACGUCGCCAGCGAGGUGGACCUGACCAGCAUCCAGGAGUCGACGGCCACCGUCGCGCACACCAACGUCGACAGCGUCUCGUACGAGUCCACCACGGCAGCUACCGGCGAGAACCCACUCGUCACCAAGACGGAGGGCAUGCUGGGCAAUCGUCGCGUAGUCGUGCGGGCGCAUGGGCCGACGAUGGCCGGGGAUCGCGCGUGUAGCGAAGUGGAGGACACCAUUCUCCUGUCCCCGCCUGCGUCGGGGCGCUCGCCGGCAGGGGCGUUGCCGAGGGCCACCGCGCCAUCACCGCCGCACGGGUCAGCGCCACGUGCGGCACAGGUGGUCGUGCAGAAGCGCGUGGGAUCGGACAGUCUCUCCGCCGCGUCGGACCCGCAUAAAACCGGUGUGGCUGAGAUGGGAAACGACUCGCCAGGGGGGCCGGCUAGGGCACCGCGGGUAGCCGGAUACACCGGCCCCACCUCGCGCGCGUCUGCGUCGAGCUCUAAGGUUGCUUGCGUCGCCUUUAUGAUGCCCGUCGUGUCGAUUUACGUCACGAUUGCCCUCACACUGCUUAUCCUGGUCGCGUCGAUUUUCUUCGAGUACGAUACGCACUGCCUCAUGCUCGCCUUCCCCGCCCUCUCCGUGCCGUGUCUGUGGUCCACCCUCCUUCCCCUUGUGAGGUUGUACGAUGCCUGCCCGAAAGCAGCGCAGAACUGCCACAUGCGUGUGCUGCGCUUCAUGACGUGCUGGAGCAGCCUCGCUGUCGUGUGGCUUGUCGGCCUCGCCGUGUACGUUGCCGCCGUGGCACUCGAGGUGGUGACAUGGAUUCCAUACAUGCCCGAGAACAAACCCACGCCUCGCGCAAUCCGCGUGGUCAGCUACCUCUCCCCGAUUCCGACGUUUAUUAUUGUCACUCUCUUUGCGAUGUGCGCAGCACUGCAAGCUCGCAAGAGUGCGCAUCGCUCCAGCCACCAACAGGGAACAUGCGACUAUCGUUGGGGUGCCACUGUGCUCACCGAUAGGGCAGCGGUGGCUCCGCGGGUCCCAUCGGAAAGCAACGGGGGUGGGGGACCGCAACGAGGGGCUUAUGGUGGCUUCACCGGGACGCCCAACAGCCCACAGAUGCAGUCGCCCACGGAUCCGCGCGGGACCGAGCAGGGGAUGAUGCGGUUGGCCGCGCACAGCCCCACCAUCACGCGGGAUGGCUCCGAAGACACGGCGUCGACGCUGUCUUCGAUUGUGCGCUCAUCGAUGAGCAGCAUCUUCAUCCCACCCAGCGGCUUAACCUCGCCGUCGGCGCUGUCCCACAGCAAAAACCACAUCCGCGUGUCAUGCACCGGCAGCACCAACAGCGGCGGCGCGCACAACGUGCCACAAGCGGCCCAUAUCAACUCGCUGCCGCAGCUCAAGACGGUCACGUCGCUCUACCUUGCCUACCGCAACAUCUACGACGACACCAACAUCAUCCACGAGUUGUUCAAUCGCAGCUCGAUGCAAGGCGGCAUGGCGGUAAGCCGCAACAUUCAACAGACGAUCGCCACCAACUACGAGGCAAUGAUGGAAGCCAUCGAGGACGCACGGGAGCAGGGCAGUGGAGACGCCAACGCGUACAUUCUCACCGCCUACGAGGACAUUUUGUGUCUCGUGUGGGGCCUCAUGCCUUUUAGCAGCGAGCCGGUGCUUGUCGCUGUGGAGAAGGCCCGUCGUAUUAUGGAGGCCUUCCAGAGCCGCCCCAAGCCACCGCCGGCGUCCCCCGAUGAGCAGCAGGAGUUGGUGGCCGCCGUGGUGUCGGCGCCGCACUCACUGGUGGGUUUCCUCGGUCGUGGCAACAACCGCGCCAUCCACUUCUUUGAUUCCCGCCACCACCAGGGCCCGGCGCAGCUGCUGCAGCGCGGCUUGGCCAUGUUCCGCCGCCUGCCCUCCAUGCAAGGCUCCACAGGCGGGUCGGAGCACCCCUUCCGCGGCAUCCUCAUGAAUGCCCGGGCGCGGAACAACACGGCGAGCCACAUUCUGGCACGUCCCUGCGGCAUCAAGUCGCUGCCUCCGUCCUCCACGACCGGCGCCGUCGCGGUGACGGGGGGCACGCGGCGGCCGCCUAUGGGUAUACAGCCCAGUGCACCGGUGGAGAGGUACCCCAUCAUGUACGAGUUCCUCGACCUCGUCCCCGCCCAGGAAGAGGAGUGGCACCUCGUUGUGCAGAGGCAGGAGCGCCUUGGCGCGAAAUUCGGUUUUCUCACCGACGCGACGCAGCUUCUCCAGCAGGGCGACACGAAGGGUGCUCGGGAGGUGCUGCGCCGCGCGGUGGAAGACACCGACGCCAGUCACGACCCCAACAACGUCGCUUUAGCGCAGAUCAUGUUAGAGGACCUCGACCGGAUCACCAGCCAACCCUCGUGA